AUGACAGAGUCAUCGGUGACGAAUUGGUACCACAUCACCCAGUGCCAGAAGCCAAAGAAGGAUGCUAAUGCUACCAAGACUAAUGGUAGAGUGUUUGCUUUGAGUGGGAUUGAAGAUUCCAAGAAGGACAAUUUAAUUCGAGGUACUUGUUUUACUAACAAUGUUAAAUUGGUUGUUAUUAUUGAUAUUGGUGCUACUCAUUCAUUUAUUUAUCUUGAUUGUGCUACUAUGUUGGGAUUGCAAUUGUCUUCUAUACAUGGUAGUAUGGUAAUAGAUACUCAUGCUAGUAGUUUUGUUACUACUACUUUUGUUUGUAAAGGAUGUCCUUUGACUAUCUUUGAUAAGAGUUUUGUGAUGGAUUUGUUGAGGUUUCCCAAGUUUGGUGAUGGCGGAAAACUGAUGUUGUUGACUGCUAAGCAAGUGAAUGAAUGCCUUAGAGACGAGGCCGUGAUGUUUGCAAUGUUUGCCUUGUUCCAAAGUGACUGUGAAGCUGCAAGUGUUGAUCUUUCAGUUGUUUGUGAAUUUCCAGAGGUGUUUUCAAAAGAUAUAAGUGAUUUGCCUCCAGAACAUGAAGUAGAGUUUUCUAUAGAAUUGGUGUCAGGUACUAGUCCAGUGUUGAUGGCUCCUUAUAGAAUCUCGACAUCCGAGUUGAAUGAAUUGAAGAAGCAAUUGGAAGAGAUGCUCGAGAAGAAGUUUAUUUGA